AUGGAUCUCUCCCGGACAGUCGAGCCGGUUGCGGCAAUAACGAAGUCGCACCUAAAACGAAAGCAUCACGAAACCAUUGAUCUUGCUGUCGAUGAGAGUGAUGGACCCGUUGUAAGCGCACCGACGCCACAAACAGAACAUCUGCAAAGCAGACCCGAAUCGUCAAGUACGGAGAGUGACUUCCAGCAGCGACCAUUGGACGAGGAAGCCAGCACCGAUGGCGAGGAGGAUGCUUCCUUGUACGAGGACAUCCUUGACGCCGUCGAGUUGGAUCCCUUCAAACCAUCAUCUGACGAGCAUGGCUCCAAGAACGUACUUCCGGAGACAGAGGUUAUACGACUACAUACAGAGUUGCGAGAUAUCGGACCAGAGAACUUCGUUGAACGCUACAUCACAAGCAGCUCGAUGCCACACCGACUGCUGGGAACCGCUUUCGGCUUUGACCCGGAACUUGGAAUAGGAGACACGACCUAUCUUCGCAUCCUGGCCCAGGCGAUUACACGUACCUACUACAAACGUCGGAAGCUUGCCCACGUCAACACGAUCGACGACGCAGCGAAUCUUCUUCGCAACAGCAACAAGAUUCUAGUCAUUACUGGAGCCGGCAUCAGCACAUCCCUCGGUAUCCCAGACUUCCGCUCUAAAGGGUCGGGGUUCUACGACAAGUUGCAGAGUAUGGGGUACAGCGAGCCAGAGGAGGUUUUCGACAUUCAAAACUUCGACGAGGACCCAAGCAUAUUCUAUCGCUUAGCCGGGGAUAUAAUGCCAGACCUUAAUCGGUAUUCUCCAACUCACGCCUUCAUCAAGCUUUUGCAGGACAAAGGCCGCUUACAGACGAACUACACGCAGAACAUUGACAACCUAGAGGAGCUUGCGGGUAUCGAUCGGUCGAGGUUGAUUCAAUGCCAUGGCAGUUUUGCAACCGCGACGUGCCGCAAGUGCGGUGACCGAGUAGCAGGCUCGGAGAUAUUCGACGACAUUCGUGCGAAGAGAGUGGCACGAUGCAAGCAGUGUCAGAAUAGACUCGCCGAGCGAGCUAGACUUCAGCAGCCGAAACCGAAACGAGCCAAGCCGAGGAGAUAUGACUGGGAAGACAGCAGUAACGAAGAUGCGGACGAUGCUGAACCCGAAGCGGGUGUCAUGAAGCCCGACAUCACCUUCUUCGGCGAGCAGCUGAACGACGACUUCUUCAAUCGAUUCACGCAACGCGACCAGAAAGAAACCGACCUCGUCAUCGUCAUUGGUACAUCGCUCCAGGUGAAGCCUGUCAGCGAGUUGCCGCAAUACGUGCCUGCUGAAGUGCCGCUCAUCUACGUCUCGAAGCAGCAAAUCGAGCAUAUCAACUUUGAUAUCCAGUUGCAGGGUGAGUGCGAUCAUGUGGUGUAUGAGCUCUGCCGGCGUGCUGGAUGGAAGCUAGAGCAUGAGAUGAUCCCCAAGGACCUUAAAGUGCAGGUCGCGCCUAUCGAUGGCUUUCAGCAUCGCUGGGCUGUUACGCCGAUUAAGCAGGGAGGAUUGGUGGAUGGACUGUUCCACGGAGUCGGAGCGGACCAAGCACAGCACAAGCGGUAG